UUGGAAACAUUGGAACGAUUAAGUAUUACGGAUGAGAAACUUUUACUUCCGGACUCUGGUGGCAAGGUAUUCCUGGUAUUAAUAGAAAUUAUGGAUUCCCUGGACUGGUCGCACCUUCCUGAACAUGUCAUCGUUGAAAUAUUCCGUUAUCUUUCCCUUGGCCAACGGUUCUACACAUCCCUUGUGUGCAAAACAUGGCAGACUAGUUUCCAAAUGCCCUAUCUCUGGCGUCAAUUUGAUUUCAAACUAAAAACCCAAGACGAUUUGCGAUUGCUAAGUUGUAUACCUCUAUAUGGAAGGCAUAUCCAAUCCGUGUACAUUGAGCUUGAUCAGUCAGUGGACGAACUCAGAGAGGCAGGGGUUAAGGUGAUAACUGACCUGGCCCGAUUAAGCCCAAGACGUCUUCAGUACUUAACUUUGAAAUUCACCGGAGAAAAUCCAUUAUUCUACGCUGGGAAGGAAUAUACAGAUGCUUUGCAUGUGUUGUUUUCUCCAUAUAGUUCAAAUGUCGAUGACGACAUACAAUACCGGGGUCUCAUAUCAGUAGACAUAAGCAAGCUCUAUGUCGCUCUGGACGACAAACUUAUCAACAUACUUUCGACAUAUAACAAAGAUAUAGAGCGAGUGAACAUCCAGAAUCGGAACCUUAUAUGCAGGGUUAGCCCAACUUGUUUACUCAGACUUGUAACAAGGUGCCGAAAACUAAAAGAACUAUGCGUGUAUAACAGUAGUAUGUCAGAAGACGUGUUACUUGCAUUGACUGAGAGUGAUCGAUCCCCAUUACAACAUCUGUCAAUCAUCUAUAGACGCGAGGAGAAAUACCUUAAACAUAUAUCAGAUGACUCGUGGAUUGAUUUGGUAAAGGUCCUUCCUGGAUUGAGGGUCACUCUAGGCUUCGACCACACUAUUGAAUUGGCAAACAUCAAACAUAAACUCAAUCCGCAUAUACCGGUGUCUGUUUUGCGACUCGACACGUUCACUCGUAUCUAUGACGAAAUCAACAUAGCUGCCAGCUACUAUGGUAACACUCUAGAAAAACUGGUUGUCCAGACGACCGAGUCCGAUGAACUUAAUUCUGCUGUAUUGAACCUGGUAGAAAAUUGCCCAAAUUUGAAAUCCCUACAUGUGUUCUGUGUCCUUGAAAAAUCCAUCAUUGAUAGAAUCUUUGAAUUGAGGCCUGUUUUAAGAGAGAAGAACACGUUUACGUUAAAACACAUCAAAGAGCCUCAUCCAUGGGUAGCUGGAAACGAUUGCUUUGGAAUGUGAUCUAGCUCAGGAUCUACACUCGAUGCUAGUUCCUCUCUUACAGGUAGACAUGUGAUAAGAUACCCUGCAUGCAGUCUCGUUAUGAACUACCGAAGACGAAGCUCCCUUUUAAGAAGCAUUUAGUCGAACGAAUGCAAAGGGUAG